AUGGCAUCUGCGCUUCUCGACAAACGAUUUCAUGCGCUCUGGGAGAUCAAGCAUGAUCACGACAUCGACACAAAGCUUCAGAAGAUCCUAUCAGACGAAGAGCAGCACGACUUCUACAUCGAGCUCUUCCGAGUCGUCGCAGAAAUCAGCAUGGACGCAACUCCGGACGCAAUCAGCGCUUCCGAUGUCGAGCAUGUCAGAGAGCUCAUCCACACGCUCACCGUAGUAUACACCAACAAGCCUCCUUCGGCCCCCUGCGCCGACCCCGGUCCAGUUUUGAGCCGUCGUGCUGUCACUCCCUCCGACAAUGAGAUCAGAACUGAGACCGCGGAGAGGGGCUUUUCUGCCAUCGUCGUGUAUAGCCUCGCUCCUCAAGGUCUGCCAAAGGAAGACAAAGAGCGCAUCGUCGAGCUCUUCGAGAAAUGGAUCCCUGACGAAGAUCCGAAGUCGAAAUGA